GGGCGCGGCCCGGCCUCGCUCGCUCGGGACGCGCGUGUGGGCACCUUGUGUCUGUGGCCUCUCCAGAAGGAGGCCCUGGCCACAGCCUCGGUAAAGUUGGGUCAGAAGUGUAUACAGUUGGCAAACUUAUUACCAGCUUCCUGUCUCAGCAGCUUGUGUUUGGUGGUCAGAUAACCAGUUGUACAUCCUCACAUCAAUGCACUGCCAAUGAACGAAGCUGCCACGACUCUGCUGAUCCAGCUACCGCCGCCUCUUUGUUCCUGAGGGAGAAGGUGACCAAACUGCCAGCCACGCUUCUCAGUUGCUUGCUGACACCGUCCAAGAGAGAGCAAGCCCCCACCCCCCCUUCUCUUCCGGUCACGUCUUUCCAGAGAAGACCGUGCCCAGUGGGCCAAGCUACUCCUUACAAUUGGCUAGCCAGCUGCUGUCAAUAAUUCCGGGUUAUAUCCUGUGUUGUGACCUCAUGGUUUAAGUGGGAAUAAAGAUGAGUAUAAGCAGUGAUGAGGUCAACUUCUUGGUAUAUAGGUACUUGCAAGAGUCAGGAUUUUCUCAUUCCGCGUUUACCUUUGGUAUUGAGAGCCAUAUAAGUCAGUCCAAUAUAAAUGGUGCCCUUGUCCCACCUGCUGCAUUGAUCUCUAUCAUCCAGAAAGGCCUACAGUAUGUAGAGGCAGAAGUUAGCAUAAAUGAGGAUGGCACCUUAUUUGAUGGCCGACCCAUCGAGUCUCUGUCCCUGAUAGAUGCUGUUAUGCCCGAUGUAGUCCAGACAAGACAGCAAGCCUACAGAGACAAGCUUGCACAGCAGCAUGCAGCCGCUGCUGCCGCUGCCGCUGCAGCCACUAACCAGCAAGGAUCUGCAAAAAAUGGAGAGAAUACAGCAAAUGGGGAGGAGAAUGGAGCACAUACCAUCACAAAUAAUCACACCGACAUGAUGGAAGUAGAUGGGGAUGUUGAAAUCCCUCCCAAUAAAGCAGUUGUGCUUCGGGGCCAUGAAUCUGAAGUUUUCAUCUGUGCCUGGAACCCUGUUAGUGAUCUCCUGGCAUCAGGGUCUGGAGACUCCACAGCGAGAAUAUGGAAUCUGAGUGAGAACAGCACAAGUGGUCCCACGCAGCUGGUGCUCAGACACUGCAUACGGGAAGGAGGACAGGAUGUUCCCAGCAACAAGGAUGUCACCUCUCUAGAUUGGAAUAGUGAAGGUACACUUCUAGCAACUGGGUCAUAUGAUGGAUUUGCCAGAAUAUGGACUAAAGACGGUAAUCUUGCCAGCACCUUGGGGCAGCAUAAAGGCCCUAUAUUUGCAUUAAAAUGGAAUAAGAAAGGAAAUUUCAUCCUAAGUGCUGGCGUAGAUAAGACUACCAUUAUUUGGGAUGCACACACUGGUGAAGCUAAGCAGCAGUUUCCUUUCCAUUCAGCCCCAGCACUGGAUGUUGACUGGCAGAGCAACAACACCUUUGCAUCUUGUAGUACAGAUAUGUGCAUUCAUGUCUGCAAAUUAGGACAAGACAGACCUAUCAAAACAUUCCAGGGACACACGAAUGAAGUAAAUGCUAUCAAAUGGGACCCAACUGGCAAUCUCCUGGCCUCGUGUUCCGAUGACAUGACCUUGAAGAUUUGGAGUAUGAAGCAAGAUAACUGUGUCCAUGAUUUGCAAGCACAUAAUAAAGAAAUUUAUACUAUUAAAUGGAGUCCAACAGGACCAGGGACAAAUAAUCCAAAUGCCAACCUUAUGCUAGCAAGUGCAUCCUUUGAUUCUACAGUUAGGUUAUGGGAUGUAGACCGAGGGAUUUGCAUCCAUACUUUGACAAAACACCAAGAGCCCGUGUACAGUGUGGCUUUCAGUCCUGAUGGCAGAUAUCUGGCAAGCGGUUCUUUUGACAAGUGUGUGCACAUCUGGAACACACAGGUAUGUCCCAGUAAUUUAAACAGUCAACUACACUUACUGAGUUAAAAGCAUUUACCUAUU